AUGGGGAAGUUCCUUAACCAAGCAUGGACUCCGUUGGAGGAUGGUACCCACUUCGAGCUGCACCACCUCCGGACCAAGGACGGCCAGUCGGGACUCGUUGUGACCCAUCGGCGCCGAGACUGCUUCCGACAAGCGAUCCUGUUACGACAGCUGGAUAGCCAGACCAUCCACAGGAUUCUCAAGGCUAUCAUCGACGCCGGCUACCACCAGGUCAUUCCAGCUAUAUUAGACAGAAGUAUCAGACACGGCCUGUGGAAACAUGGUUUUGUUCCUGAUUUGGAUACACUACAUCCAAUUCCUUGGGCUGGGAAUGGUAAGUUCAAGGUUGCCGAAUUCUACUGUGAAACGGCAUGGUUGCCAAGUCUGAAAUACCAGGAGGCCUGUCCCAGAUAUAUCGCCAAACGACAGUGGCAGAGGCUGCAAGGCAUGGGAUACAAUUCAUUUUCCGGAUUCGAAAUGGAGUUCACGUUGAAAAAUCGACAGACGAAAGCGUCAUUAUUUGUAGGGCUUGAUUACUGCAUGAACAAAACCUUUAGACGAGUAGAACCAUUUCUACUCGAACUCGAUACGCAGCUCUCCGAAUCUGGCGUGGAAAUUGGUGAAUUAUAUCCGCAGUGGGGAAUCAAGUGUCCAGACUCGACCUUUGGCUUCGUCCAAGGUGUUUUCGAAAUGGCGACGUUUGUGUCAAAAUCAAAGAUGACAGAGUGUGGCAUAGGUACACACUUUAAUCUCUCCUUGUGGAAUAAGGAUAUGAAAGUCAACGUCUUCCAUGAUGGAACACAAGCAGACUGUUUGUCGGAGACCGCGCAUUAUUGGAUUGGUGGACUGGUGAAGCACGCUGGGGCACUGACAGCUCUCUGUUCUCCAACAGUCAACUGCUACCGUCGUCUGUUCCAAGCGUGGGCACCAGGCAGGUGUUUCUGGGACAUAGACAAUCGUAAUGCAACAUUUCGUGUGUAAAAUGACAACAUGAAGAACACCUAUAUUGAAAACCGAAUUCCCAGUGGGAUAUGUAACCCAUAUUUGAUAUAUGCAGCAACGAUUGCAGCUGGUAUUGAUGGUAUUGUCAACAAGAUAAAAUGUCCUCCUCCUAACGACCCCGCUGCUCCAUAUCUCCCAUCAUCCCUGGCGGCUGCCUUGGACGCCCUGAAGCAAGAUGACGUCAUGGUGUCUUCGUUAAGCCAGUAGUUCGUUGAUUGGUUCAUUCAGCUCAAAAUGGAAACGGAAAUAAAACCUUUACAAGAAGCUUCUAUCGACGAAAAGAGGUUCCAGAUGG